AUGAAGACUGUGAUUUUUUUCCUAUGCAUUUUGGGAACUGCAGGUGCUAUUCCGACACAAGCAAGGUUCCUAUCUGAUCAUUCCAACCCAACUGCUGACUCCUUGAGUUCCUUCCAAGAGGCUGAAACAUCCAAGCACACUGCAAUCCCUCUUGUAGAGGUUGAAGAUGCAGAAAAUGAAAAGGAAACUGCAACAUCCAUAGAAGACCAUUCCCAUCUUAAGCCUGAAAAAUCUUCAGUGCUGAAGUCAGAGGAGGAAAACCAUGAUCAGUCAGCAGAUCAGGAAGAGAGUUACAACCAAAAUCUGGGAUCACAGGACCAAGAGAAAACUGAAAGUGACUUAACCGAGAAUUCGGAGUAUUCACCACCUGAAGGCACAUUGGACCUAGAAGAAGACAUGAGUGAACCUCAAAAGGAGAAACUCCCAGAGAGCUUCCUUGCUCAUGAUGUUAGUUCCAUUGUAGAUUCUAACCAACAAGAAAGCAUCACAAAGACAGAGGAAAACCAAGAACAACCUGUAGAUGACUCCCAUCCUCAGUUGAACAGUCAAGACCUAAGUGAUCAAGGAAACCAAGAUCAGGACACAAAUGGAGAAGCGGAAGGAGGAAAAGAGCCAGGUGAAGUUGGUACCCACAAUGAUGAUGAAGAACAGGAGACAGAGGUUCCCAAGGAGCCUUCUAACAAUGAGCAAGAAGAAGACAGUACCCAAUCUGAUGCCGUUUUGGAAGAGUCCUAUCAACCAACUCAAGAAAGCAAGAUGCAGAAAGAGGAACUUGAACAGGGUAGCCGGGAACAAGAAGAGGAAAACACCAACGCAGAAAUGGAAGAAGAAACUGCAUCAAAAAUCGAUAAGCCCAGUCAAGAUACAGAAUGGCAGAGCCAAGAAGGAAGGCCUGGCCCUGAAGUUAUCAGCAACCAUGAGGAGAUGGAUAAAAAGACCCUUUCUGAGCCUUUACUGGUGGAGCCUACUGAUGGUGGUAACAUCAUGGCCAGAAAUCAUGGGGCUAAGGAUGACAGUGAUGAUGGCCCCAGACAUAAUGCAAGUGAGGACUACUUCAUCCCAAGCGAGGAGUUCCUGGAGAAUGAAAGAGCUCAGUCCAUUUACUAUCACACCAAGCAUGAGGAGCAAAGGGAAAAAGCACAAGAGAAUGAGAACCUAGAGACCAGAGAACCUGUAGGAAACCAGCCGGCCAAGAAAGCAGAGAGCUCACCGAAAGAUGAGAGUUCAACUGAGGGCGACACGAGGGUGCACAGUGUCGAUUCUUGCCUGAGCUUCCAGUGCAAACGGGGACACAUCUGCAAGGCUGAUCAAUAUGGGAAACCCCACUGUGUCUGUCAAGAUCCCGCAUCUUGCCCUCCUACAAAACUCCUUGACCAAGUUUGUGGCACUGACAAUCAGACCUAUGCCAGCUCCUGUCAUCUCUUUGCUACUAAGUGCAGACUGGAGGGGACCAAAAAGGGGCACCAACUGCAGCUGGAUUACUUUGGAGCCUGCAAAUCUAUUCCUGCUUGUACGGACUUCGAAGUGACCCAGUUUCCUCUAAGGAUGAGAGACUGGCUCAAGAAUAUCCUCGUGCAGCUUUAUGAACCUAACCCUGAACACUCAGGAUAUCUGAAUGAGAAGCAGAGAAAUAAAGUCAAGAAAAUUUACCUGGAUGAAAAGAGACUCUUGGCUGGGGACCAUUCCAUUGACCUUCUCUUAAGAGACUUUAAGAAAAACUACCACAUGUAUGUGUAUCCUGUGCACUGGCAGUUCAGUGAACUGGACCAGCAUCCUCGGGACAGGGUCCUGACCCACUCUGAGCUCGCGCCUUUGCGAGCAUCUCUCGUGCCCAUGGAACACUGCAUAACGCGCUUCUUUGAAGAGUGUGACCCCAACAAGGAUAAGCACAUCACCCUGCAGGAGUGGGGCCACUGCUUUGAAAUUAAAGAAGAAGACAUAGAUGAAAAUCUCCUGUUUUGA